CGGCUCAUGAUGUCUGGCAGGAGAUUGCCUCUCUGGUCGGCGUGGAAAUGCCUCCCCGGACGUCUUCGGAGGCCUCUAAUGCGGUUCUGGCCGCCGCUCUUCAGGUUGGACUCUCUACGCUGCAGGCCGAGGCUGCUCGGGAUGCCGAUGCCCUCCAGGCCAAGAAUAAGGCAGAUGCGGCCCUGAAGAAGGCGAGAGAGGCCGCUCGUCUUCAGGAGAAGGAGCUGGCGGCCAAGGACAAAGAACUGCAGGCCGCCCUGAAAGUAGCCCGCGAGUCCUCCGCGAAGCUCGCGGUUCUGGAUAAGGCCGGGUUCAAGCUCGUCCCAGCUCUCCCUGCUCCCAAGGACGAGGCCCCUGAAUGGCUCGUCGAUGAUACCGGGUAUCGUAACUCUGGGGCUUUCAUGAUCUCCGCCCAGAGGUAUCUCGGCGGUGCUUUCGGCGAUGUAUUCGCCGCCGAGCUGCAGAAGCGUGCGCCGAAGGACCGGCUCAAGUUCGGGGUCCAGGUCCUGGAGAGUGCCCCCCUGGCCGAGAAGUUCCUGUAUGAUGUUGGGGAUAGCUCCUUUGUCAUCGGCUACAACGAGGGGGUAAAGGCCACAUUGCCGGUCUUCGCCGCUCUUCAGGGUCCCGGAUUCGAUCUGGCCCAGCACACCACGGACCCGGAGUUGAUACGGGCAGUGGGCAAGCUGGAGAGGGACGCCCGGCGGGAAGAAGCCAAAGCCAGGGGUGAAGUUCCGGAGCCUCCGACCCCCGAGCCCGAGCCCGAAGAGGAAGAAGAGACCGUUCCUGGGGGGUCCCGG